UAUUCUGUAUUAUAUUAGCAAUACUCCAGCUGUGUAGCAGAAUAAAAGUAAUCAUUAGAAAGGUGUUGCAAGACAGAGGUACAGGUAUGAUAUAAACCUGAACAAAAGCAUAAAAACAGCAUUACCACUGGAAGGGGAGAGGCCAGAGCGAGAGCCCUGUGGGGUUGUGAGCUGGUGCUUCAUUAACUGACUUUUACAGCUCUGAGGGUUCAGCUGUACCUGCUAAGAGUAAGACUGAAAUUCAGGGGUGGGACUUUUUUCUCUGUCAUACCAGUCUGUCUGGAUUUUUUUCUUAUCUUCCCACAACAAGCUGCUGGUUCUUCAGAAAAGUCUUUGGGUCUGGCCACUUGUGAUUGGAGGGAGAAAUCGAGUUGUCAUUUUGAGAUUGUCUUGCUGAGCAAGUUUUUUCUUUUGCUGGUGCUUCUGGUCAACCUGAACUGUGAGAUCUUGCAGAGACUCUCUGAGGGACUCGCUGAAUGUGCAUGCAGGAAAGGAUGAUCAGCUUUUUAUAUUUUUUCCUCCCAGUGUUGGGAGGAUACACCCUCACCUCGGUUUACCUGCUAAAGAACCCACAGAUUCUCCACAGGAAGAAACGCCCUGCUUUCUACUGCAAAAAGAUCGCACACAGAGGAGGAUCUGGAGAGAGGAUAGAGAGCACCAUGGAGGCAUUCACACAUGCGGUGGAGCAGGGCACUGAGAUGCUGGAGAUGGAUUGUCAUUUGACACAUGAUGGCUUUGUGGUGGUAUCACAUGAUGAGAAUUUGCUGAGGCAGACUGGCCAUGAUGUCACAAUCUCCUCGCUCAAUCUGCAGGAUUUGCCUUUGUAUAAGGAGAGACUGGAGGUAACAUUUUAUGAAGGCCGUUACAGCACUGGCAAGGACAGGAAGUUUGCUCUGCUGGAGGAUGUGUUCAAGAAGUUCCCUGAGAUGCCGAUCAGCAUUGAGAUCAAAGAGAACAACCACGAGCUCAUUAAAAGGGUGUCUGAUCUGGUUAAACGCUACAACAGGGAGGGGAUCACUGUGUGGGCUUCCACAGACUCCACGAUCAUGAAGCAAUGCUGGAAAAUGAACGGCUCCAUGCCGUACAGUUUCACUAUGAGCCGAGGCCUGCUGCUUCUGCUUCUCUUCUACACGGGGCUGCUGCCCUUUGUGCCAAUAGGAGAGAGUUUGCUGCAGUUCUACCUAAUGCGCAUCUUCAACAGGACAUUCAUUCCCGAUGAAGCUCUCCUGAGGAACAAGCUCGUUGUGUGUUUGAUAGAAAAAAUAACUAUGAGGAAGAGUCUUUUUAGGCACCUCGCUGCCCGUGGAAUUCAGGUGCAUUUAUUUGUUUGCAACACAGAAGAAGACAUAGAGGCGGCAUUAGAAGUAGGAGCCACUGGAGUGAUGAGUGACUAUCCAACUCUUCUGUCCAGCUACUUCUGCAAAAACAGAAGUCAGGACUGAAUCCAAGCACACCAUCACAUGAUGGCAACAAUGACACUGAUAAAAACGGCUAAUGCAACAUUUGUUGAAGAAUCUUUGGUCUACAUGAUAAUCGCCAUGCAGUGGGAACACAACUAUCAUUAAUCUCUUCGGUGCUGACCUUUAAUCGCUGCUGACAGAAUGACUUGUUUGUCAUGGGAUCGUCUCUACAGCCUCCACCCACAAACAAACCACGGCAUUGAUUUGGUCUGCAGCACAUCUAACGAGUGAAUAUUUAACUAGCUGGACUGUAUAUCUGAUUAAAUGUGACUUUAUUUUGAAUGUCUCUAAUGUUACUUUCUGCCACUUUUAAGAUAGGGCUUGAGAAAUAAAUGAUUAUGAAUAAAUCACUUGCAUUUUGGCUUUUAUAUUCUUUUGGGCCAUUAGAAGAUUACAAGGUAAUUACUGGCAGUACAAACAUGAAUACAGUACAGUGUGUUACGGAGCAAUCUAGGCAGCAUAGUGCGAAUCUCUUUGACCGAUUUUCUUGACCUAAAAGAGACUGUAGAGAGUGUACACAUGCUGUAAACCUCACCUGUGUCCUUGUUUUCCCAAGCAACUAUGGUCAAAGUCCAGCCACCCGGCCGUGAUAAUAAUCAACCAGUUUGUUGGUGAAACAAAGAGGGUAUUUUUCUGUGUAGGUUGGCGACGAUCAAGUUAAUGGGAUAUACCUGGAUUUAUGCAAAAAAAUAGUAACAGUAGGCACCGAGAGCAAAGUAGCAAUAAAAUAAGAUGUCUUGGUAGUAUUGAGACACUUGAGACAAUUUCCCAUAUUUUGACUGGUUCGGGAGGACAUGCAAAUCAACUCAGUUUUAUUUAUAUAGCAUCAAAUCACAACGAAAGUUGCCUCAAGGAACUUUACAUGUAAGGUAGAGACCCUACAACAAUACAGAGAAAGCCACAACAAUCAAGCAACCCAGUAUGAGCAAGCACUUGGUGAGAGUGGGAAGGAAAAACUCCCUUUUAACAGGAAAAAAACCUCAAAACAGAACCAGACUCAAGGAGGGGCAGUCAUCCACCAUGGCUGGUUGGAAGUGAUGGUAGGGACACGGGACUAAAACACUGUGCACUUUGCACUUUUCUAAACUCUGGUUUUAACCCAGUGUGAACGGUAGGCCUUUUAUUAUAGUGAGAAGAAGCUUAGCCAGUUUAACGCCAUAAUCAUCAACAAGUUGCACACUUUGCAGAUUUUGUAAAUUGUGAGAAGGAAAAUGAAGUUCCAGUAUAUUCUGAAUAAUGUGGUGUGAAGUGACACAAUAUAUGUGUUAUAAUUAAAUAAAAUUGCUGAACUUUUCAGAUGUGGCAAAAGAAAGCUAUGCAAAUCUAUGGAUAGAUUCAAACUGAAGGCCCCAAAAUGCAGAAAUCACAGUGAAAGUACAUAAAGACUUUCCAUAAGAUGACUAUAAGAACAAACUUCAGUUUCCUUUUAUCUUUACUGUAUUUGCUUAGCAAGACAGUUUGAAAUAUUGUUUAAUUAGCCUGUACGUGCCUAGUUUAUUGUUUGUUUUUAUUUUUAAGUCAUCAUUGCUGACAUGUCCCACUUUCUCCCACACAAAUGCCACAUAUGCCCUACAUUUAGUUUGUUGGGAUCUGCUCACCCUAGGCCUAGGUCAUUGAUCAACAUUUAAUGUUACAUGUUGCUGUACCACAAAGCAAGGAAACUGCAGGAAUUUUAACCAAACUUUUCAAAACUAAACCAGAGAUCAGUGUA